AUGGGAUGCAAAUCGGGCUGCUGUGGUCCUCCGGUCACAGAGCCACCUACUACUAAAGCAUUGUCUCAGGUCGACAUUGACAGUCGCGAAGAUCAAGACAAGGCUGCAACCGGACCAAAGGAUGAAGAACGGACAAUCAAAGAGCAAGCAAUUGACUGCUGCGCUUCCGAGAAUUGUGAAGAUGACAAGAACGACCGCAAUGAGGGUGCACCCGACUGCUGCCGUGGGAAGAUCAGUCCCUGCUGCAAUGCAGCUUGCAUUGACCGCCUUGCUAUGCGCGACUGCAGGAUGAGCUCCGAUGACAGAGAGAGUGAGCGACCAACCUUACCAUAUGUUACAGAAGACGUGUUUGCUAAUACUGCAUCAGCUGGGACGGGCUGUGGCAGCUCUACCCGUAGCUGCGAUGGCGCAACCGACGGCAAGCCAUGCAACAAGCACAGCAUUUCUGCUCUCGACCGCUACAGUGCAACUCUUCAAGCUCUGGGAUGUCUUUGCCGUACUCUUAUUGCUAUGGGCCAGGAAUCUUGCUGCGAGACCCGGGGUAGCCCGGCUAAAAAGCUGUCUUCUCGUUCUCUCCUACGCACAUCAACGGACUCUGGCCGCAGUACAGGCUCUGUCACUAAAGAGAAGAUUGUAGAGAACCGAUUCCGUCUGCGAAAUAGCUCCACAGAGAGUGUAAAAUCUGCCAGCCAAUCAUCUGCUAAGAAGAGCUGCGGUAAAGCAUGUUGUUCAGUGACCAAGCCAGACAAGGACGCUGUUCCCAAAGACAAAUGCAGGAAGGGGUGUUGUGCAAAAGACAAAUCCAAUAAUCAACAAAUUAUCGCCGAAAACCCGAAUCAAAAGCUUCCUGAUGACCUUGCUGGUACAAACGGAUGUCUCGACGCCUGCUGCUCUCAGAAGCCUCCGCCCGAACAGCAACCCGUUGAUCAAAAUGAUAGCAAAGUUGCCAAGAAUUCUGUCACUACGGAUAGUUGCUCUGACUUCUGUUGCACCACUGGGCGCAAAGAGAACCCUGUUGCAAAAGGUUACCCGGUUACGAAGGUUAAUAACUCUGCAGCAAACGGAUGUUCAAAGUCUUGCCAUGCGACCAAGACAGAGGAUAUUGCUGGGAACCAAUUUACCCCUACUUGUGGUAGUGCAAAAGAAAGGCUCUCAACUGAGCUCCCAAGAGACGCCUGUGGCGGGUCCUGCUGCGAGAAAUCUCAGGGUUGUCAAAUCCCCGAUGACGACUGCUGUACCUCUAAUGUUCUCGAAGAGCAUCAAGACAACAAAGCACUCUCUAUCGAAAAGCCUACCGAUGUAGAGAAUCAGACCACAGGAAAAGAACGUGUGGUUCUCAGUAUCUCGGGUAUGACAUGCACUGGCUGCGAGACCAAACUCAACCGAACACUAGCCACAGUUCCUGCUGUCAAGGAGCUGAAAACAAGUCUCGUUCUCUCACGAGCAGAAUUCAACAUUGACUUACGCCUCGGAUCAGUCAACGAGGUUAUCAAACACCUCGAACGAACCACAGAGUUCAAAUGCGAGAGAAUCCAAACCCAAGGUUCCAGCUUGGAUCUCGUUGUGGAUGGCAACACAUCCCAGUUUGUGGGACAGACAUGGCCUGACGGCGUUGUUGAUAUGACUGUUCUUGACAAAAACAAUGUUCGGGUUUCCUUCGAUCCUAAAAUUAUUGGUGCACGAGACCUCGCUGAAAGAUCCUGGGUGCCUCCCGUCAAGCUUGCCCCCCCAGUCGUGGACUCGUCUCUUGAAGCUGGAAACAAGCAUGUUCGCCAUGUUGGUUAUAUGACUCUGCUGUCUGCAGUUCUUACUAUCCCUGUACUUGUCAUGGCAUGGGCGCCAAUCCCCAAUAAUGAGAUAGCCUACUCUUCGGCUUCACUUGCAUUGGCUACCGCCGUCCAAGUUGUCAUUGCAGGACCGUUCUAUCCCAAAGCUAUCAAAGCACUGGUUUUCUCUCGAGUCAUCGAGAUGGAUUUGUUGAUUGUCCUGAGUACUAGCGCAGCCUACAUCUUCUCUGUUGUCUCCUUUGGAUACCUUGUUGCUGGAAAGCCUCUCUCGACUGGACAGUUUUUCGAAACCUCCACUUUGCUGGUGACUUUAAUUAUGGUUGGCCGAUGGGUUGCGGCACUCGCUCGUCAGAAGGCAGUCGAGUCAAUCUCUAUUCGGUCACUCCAGGCACCAACUGCCAUUAUCGUCGAUGAGAAGAGCGGCACCGAGCGCGAGAUUGACAUCAGACUUCUUCAGUAUGGCGACAUCUUCAAGGUUCUUCCCGAUACAAGAAUCCCUACUGAUGGAACCGUCAUGACUGGCUCAUCAGAAGUUGACGAAUCCAUGCUUACGGGCGAGUCCCGACCCGUGGAGAAAUAUCCCGGAUCUGGUAUUAUUGCAGGAUCAAUCAAUGGCUCAGGUGUUAUGAUUGUGCGACUGGAUCGCUUGCCUGGUGACAAUACCAUCAAUACGAUUGCCGCCAUGGUAGAUGAGGCUAAGCUGACAAAGCCGAAGCUGCAGGACCUGGCAGACCGGGUGGCCUCCUAUUUCGUCCCUGUAGUAGUUGCCUUGACCAUCAUCACGUUCGCGAUUUGGGUUAGUGUUGGCCUGACAGUCCAAGGAUAUGGCGGCUCCAAGGCUACAACCGAGGCAAUCACUUAUGCCAUAGCUGUCCUCAUCGUGUCAUGCCCUUGCGCGAUUGGAUUAGCAGUUCCCAUGGUUAUUGUGAUCAUGAGCGGAGUGGCUGCAGAGAAAGGCAUUAUCUUCAAGUCGGCUGACGCUAUUGAAGUUGCUCACAAGACAUCUCACGUUGUGUUUGACAAGACUGGCACUCUGACUCAAGGGAAACUGUCUGUCGUUUCAAAGGAGUGCAUCGACAAACCUUCUCUUCCACUUCUUUUGGGCCUUAUCGAGAACAGCCGACAUCCAGUUUCGGUAGCUGUGAAGAGGCAUCUUAAGAAUACCGGGAUUGAGCCUUUUGCUGCAGAUGAAACAAAGAGCCUGACAGGUAAAGGUAUCGAAGCAGUCGUAAAAGGUCAGAGGCUCAAGGCUGGAAACUCCCGUUGGUUGGGUCUUUCAGAGAACCCUCUCGUCUGCACGUUGCUCGCUCAAGGUUAUACUGUCUUUUGUUUCACAGUAAAUGACGAUUUGCGCGCUGUAUAUGGCCUCCAGGACGAGCUCAGGCACGAUGCUUUGGAGACUGUAAAGGCGCUGCACAUGCGUGGACUUUCAGUUCAUGUGGUCUCUGGCGACGAUGAUGAAGCUGUCCAGAAUCUAGCCACGAAACUGAACAUCCCGAGAAACAACGUCUGUUCCCGAACUUCACCUGCUGGCAAGAAGGACUACAUCCAGACCCUUCUUGGCAACGGAAAUGAUCACAAGAAGCCAGUUGUUGUUUUCUGUGGCGAUGGCACAAACGACGCUGUUGCUCUCGCCCAAGCCACUAUCGGCGUUCACGUGAACGAAGGUACAGAUGUUGCUCAAUCUGCUGCAGACGUAGUCCUCAUGCGACCUGCUCUCAGUGGCAUUAUCACCAUGAUAGAUGCGAGCCGAAAGUCUGUUAAUCGUAUCAAGUUCAACUUCUCGUGGAGUUUUGUAUACAACACGUUUGCUGUGCUUCUUGUUGCUGGCGCGUUUGUCAAUGCCAGGAUUCCACCGGAAUAUGCAGGCCUUGGAGAAUUGGUGAGCGUUUUGCCUGUUAUUCUGGCCGCUGUGCUUCUGCGCCGGUCAAAGAUCUAA